AUGUUCAGAAAAAUAUACACCAAUAUAUCCAUCACACUCAUAAAGCAAUUGAGAGAAGCAUCAGGCUCCCCCAUCAACGAUUGUAAGAAGGCCUUAGAAUCCACAGACGGCAAUUUUGAGAAGGCCAUUUAAUAUCUGAAAGAGAGAGGAUUGGCUCAAGCAGAGAAGAAAAUGGGUAAUCAAACUAAACAGGGAGUUAUAGUGGCAUACACUAAUAACAAAGUAGCCGCCCUUGCUGAAAUAAAUUGCGAAACAGACUUUGUAGCCAGAACUAGUGAAUUUUUAGAAUUUUCGACAAAUUUUAUUAAAACAAUUGUUAAUCAAGAAUAAGAUUUCAGUAGUUCUAAUAUUGACUCUGUUCUGAAUGAUAAGCGUAAAUAAUUAGUAGGGAAAUUGUAAGAGAACAUAGUCAUUGGUAAUUUGAAUGCAUUUGUGGCAACUAAAAAUAGUGUUUUUGGAGUGUAUCAACAUAAUUGUUUAAAGAAUACAAUAUGUGGGUUGGGAGGGAGUGUUGUUGAAUUAAUCACCGAAUCAGAAUUAACUGAUGUAAAGACAUAAAUCCUAAGAGAAGGAGCCAAUAAUUUGGCAGUCACUUAUUUAGGUUUGAAACCCAGAUUCCUUUAUUAACAUGAGGUAUCCUCAGACGUUGUUGAUUAAAUAAGAAAAGAAGUCGAAAAGGAGUUUGGAUCUAAGACUGCUCAGUAGUAGAACUUCAUUGUUAAGGGCAAACUUCAAAAUUAUUAUUCCGAUAAUGUGUUUGAACAUUAGGAGUACUUCUUGAAUGAAGAUGAACCAAAGACUAUCAAGUAGUAUAUGGCAAAGGAGUUAGAAGAGGUCAUUAAGGACAAAGUCAAAAUCGGUAGAUGUCUAUACUUAACAAUAUGA